AUCAGUUGCAAGGGGAUGACAGAGCGCAUUCAUAGCAUCAACCUUCACAACUUCAGCAAUUCUGUGCUUGAGACCCUCAACGAGCAGCGCAACCGUGGCCACUUCUGUGACGUGACGGUCCGCAUCCACGGGAGCAUGCUGCGCGCCCACCGCUGUGUGCUGGCGGCUGGCAGCCCCUUCUUCCAGGACAAGCUGCUGCUGGGCUACAGUGACAUCGAGAUCCCCUCAGUGGUGUCAGUCCAGUCUGUGCAAAAGCUCAUUGACUUCAUGUACAGUGGGGUGCUGCGGGUCUCACAGUCAGAGGCCCUCCAAAUCCUCACAGCCGCCAGCAUCCUGCAGAUCAAGACUGUGAUUGAUGAGUGCACAAGGAUUGUCUCACAAAAUGUGGGAGACGUCUAUCCAGUGAUUCAGGAUUCUGGUCAAGAGACACCUAGGGGAACACCUGAAUCAGGCACCUCGGGGCAGAGCACUGACACCGAGUCUGGCUACCUGCAGAGCCAUUCACAGCACAGUGUGGACAGGAUCUAUUCAGCCCUCUAUGCCUGUUCCAUGCAAAAUGGCAGUGGGGAGCGCUCCUUUUACAGUGGAGCUGUGGUCAGCCACCAUGAGACAGCCCUGGGACUCCCCAGGGACCAUCACAUAGAAGAUCCCAGCUGGAUUACCCGGAUCCAUGAACGGUCGCAGCAGAUGGAGCGGUACCUCUCCACCACUCCAGAGACCACACACUGCCGGAAGCAACCCCGCCCUGUCCGAAUUCAAACCCUGAUGGGCAACAUCCAUAUUAAACAGGAGAUGGAGGAUGACUAUGACUACUACGGCCAGCAGAGGGUGCAGAUCCUUGAGCGCAAUGAGUCUGAGGAAUGCACUGAGGACACUGACCAAGCAGAAGGCACUGAGAGCGAGCCCAAAGGGGAGAGUUUUGACUCGGGUGUCAGUUCUUCCAUUGGCACUGAGCCUGAUUCAAUAGAGCAGCAGUUUAUGGCUGGUCUGGGCCGGGAUGGACAGCAAGAACCUUCUCAAGCAGAUCAAAAUGAUGUCCCUGCUGAUAGCACUCAGCCGCAGCAGCCGCAGCAGCAGCAGCAGCAGCAGCAGCAUGUAGAUGCUAAUUCUUCCUCACCAGAGAGAAGCAAUGACGUUGAAAUGGACAGCAAAGUGCUCACAGUCAGUAACAGCACUGAAAAGGGGGCUUUGCAGCCUUCUGUCAACACAUCUGUUGCCCAACCAUUGCCAACCACGCAGAUCUACUUACGUCAGACAGAAACCCUCACCAGCAAUCUGAGGAUGCCACUGACUCUGACCAGCAACACUCAGGUCAUUGGCACAGCUGGCAACACCUACCUGCCUGCCCUUUUCACCACACAGUCUGCUGGCAGUGGCCCUAAGCCUUUUCUCUUCAGCCUGCCCCAGCCUUUAGCUGGCCAACAGGCACAAUUUGUGACAGUUUCCCAACCUGGCCUGUCAACCUUUACUGCUCAACUGCCAGCCCCACAGCCCUUGGCCCCAUCUGCAGGCCACAGCACAGCAGGUGGGCAAGGUGAAAAAAAGCCUUAUGAGUGCACUCUCUGUAACAAGACUUUCACCGCCAAACAGAACUACGUCAAGCACAUGUUUGUACACACAGGUGAGAAACCACACCAAUGCAGCAUCUGUUGGCGCUCCUUCUCUUUAAAGGAUUACCUAAUCAAACACAUGGUGACACACACUGGUGUAAGGGCCUACCAGUGCAGUAUCUGCAACAAGCGCUUCACUCAGAAGAGCUCCCUUAAUGUGCACAUGCGUCUCCACCGCGGGGAGAAGUCCUACGAGUGCUACAUCUGCAAGAAGAAGUUCUCCCACAAGACCCUGCUGGAGAGACAUGUGGCUCUGCACAGUGCCACCAACGGCACACCUGGAGCCACUGGCACUGGCACGAGGGCUGUCCCUGCCGGCGUGGUGGCCUGCACAGAGGGGACCACAUACGUCUGCUCUGUCUGUCCAGCUAAGUUUGACCAAAUCGAGCAUUUCAAUGACCACAUGAGGAUGCAUGUGUCAGACGGAUAAGUAGAAUCUCUCUCUCUCUCUUUGUUAUGAACAAAAAAAAAAAAUAGAAACAACAAAAAAAGCUAUGGCACUAGAAUUUAAGAAAUUAUUUUUGUUUCAUUUUUACCUUUAUUUUCCUCCUUUUUUUGGGUUCAUUUCAUUUUGCUGGUUUUUGUACUACAUGAAGAACUGUUUUUUGCCUGCUGGUACAUUGCAUUUCCGAAGGCUGGGUGAAUAAUAAUUUUCCCAGCCUUCCUUGGAUGGUGGCCUUAAGGCCAGGUAGUGCUUCAUGAGUUCCACUGGUUGGAUCUCUAGCUACUGGCCUCUAAAUACAACCCUUCUUUACUACAAAAAACAAACAAAACAAAACAAAAAAGAAAAAAACACAAAAAAAUUUAAAAACAGACAGAAAAAUAAUAAAAAAAUCUUUUUUCUCACUUGUGAAGAGCACUACAAAUAAAGAAACAAAACAAAAUAUAUUACAAAUCUACAAGGCCUACUGUCAUUGUAAGUACACCGCUUGCAGUGUUUCAAUGGACACGAUUCACAUUGCUGACCGCUUUUGGACUUCACAGUAUCCAGUUAGAACUGUGGAAUAUUUUGCUUCUGGUUGAGCAUCAACCAGAGGAAGCAAGGCCCUGCUGGUUUCCACCACGUCUGCUUUCUCACUCACACACAUCCACAAGUACACAAAAAGGGCUGAGGGGAAUGCAAAGCAGUGUGGCUUGGAUAGAGUGGAGUCCCUGCAGGGUGAGGAAAACUAAUCAGAGGUUCCUCACCUGGAUUCUGCUCCAUCCCACGCUGUCUGGAGCACCCUCCCCACUGCUUUUCUUGUACCACCACUUUCUAGCAGAAACCAAGAAG